UUGCCAAAUCAGUUCUCGCUGCUCCACUAAUGUAACCAAACAGCACGCAGUGAACCAGACAAACGGCAGAGAGAUGGAGGCACUCGCUGAAAGUUUCCCCUCGCGAGAAAGUAGGCAGGACCCGGCCGAGAGUCCACUUUCCCAAGGAAACGGAGAGCAGAAAGGCGUCACGUCAAAGCCUGUUGUGACAUUUGCAGAGCCCAUUGUGCGAGCUUCCCAGGACGGUGCUGUUUUAACUGUAUAGGAGUAUUUAUAUCAGCAGACUCCUGAGGCAAAUUCCUCCUCCCCGGGGGAAUGUUUCCGUUGCUCCCGGGGGGACGAGCCGAGCAGUCGCACUCUCAUCCUGAAUCGAGAGGGGAGCACUACGUUAACCACAAGGCACUGCUUAAGCUUAAGGAACCCAGUGCUGCUGCUGCUUUCAGGGGAAGUAAACGCCUGCGAGCCAGAGAGGUAACCUGGUCUCCCAUCAGCAGGUCCCUGGAUGCCCCGCGGCGCACCGUCCUCGGCCGCGCAGUGCUUACCAAUGGCCGGAAGUUGACCCCGCCCACCAGGAUGACGCUGCGCGAGCAGCUGAGAGAGAAGAUCUCGGCGGCGUUCUACCGCCACGGGUUACUGUGUGCCUCCUACCCAGUACCCAUCAUCCUCUUCACCUCCGCCAGCAUCCUCACCUGCUGCUAUCCGUUAUUGAGGCUCCCCCUGCCUGGGACGGGUCCUGUGGAGUUCACCACGGGGGUGCGAGACUACAGCGUCCCUUCCCAUGAGCCCCAGGGAGACCUCGGAGAACGGCCCGACUGGUACCGGGGUCCUCCGGUUGCCUACAUCCAGCAGGUGUUGGUGAAGGCGGCGGUGUCUCCGUGGGACAGCAGCCUGGUGCCGGUGGACGUGUUUCGGUCUCCGCUGGGUCGAGCCUUCAGCCUGCUGGAGGAGAUACGCAACCACGUCCACUCUGACGGCUCUGGGGUUCGCAGUCUGGAGACGCUGUGUCUCCAGGUGACGGACCUGUUUCCGGGGUUACGGCGGAUGCAGUCGGUGCUGCCCGAGCACGGCUGCCUGCUCGUGUCUCCCGGCAACUACUGGCAGAACCAGCGCGAGCUGUUCGACCAGGACCCCGACCUCCUCAAGACCAUCCAGAAACAUGAGCCCAAAGGCCUGCACACCUCGGCCACGCUGCGAGACCUGCUGUUUGGCGUCCCUGGGAAGUACACCGGGGUCAGUCACUACAACAGGAAGAGGGUGGUGACGUACACCAUCACCGUGGUGCUGUCCAGCUACGACGCAAGGUUCCUGGGCAGCCUGCGGUCCCGUCUGAAGCAGCUCCACCCGUCAGCCAACUGCAGCCUGAGAGACGACCACAUGGUCCACGUCCACUUCAAGGAGGAGAUCGGCAUCGCGGAGCUCAUCCCCCUCGUCACCACAUACAUCAUCCUUUUCGCCUACAUCUACUUCUCCACACGUAAGAUAGACAUGGUGAAGUCUAAGUGGGGUCUGGCUCUGGCUGCUGUGGUGACGGUCCUCAGCUCCCUGCUCAUGUCUGUGGGACUCUGCACGCUGUUUGGACUGACACCCACGCUCAAUGGAGGGGAGAUCUUUCCUUACCUGGUGGUGGUGAUCGGCCUGGAGAACGUCUUGGUCCUCACAAAGUCUGUGGUGUCCACCCCCGUCGACCUCGAGGUCAAACUUCGCAUCGCUCAGGGUCUUAGUAAUGAGAGCUGGUCUAUCAUGAAGAACAUGGCCACUGAACUGUGCAUCAUCCUCAUUGGAUAUUUCACUCUGGUGCCAGCUAUCCAGGAGUUCUGUCUGUUCGCUGUGGUUGGACUGGUGUCUGACUUCUUCCUGCAGAUGUUCUUCUUCACCACAGUGCUAUCGAUAGACAUCCGACGCAUGGAGCUGGCUGACUUGAACCGCCGCCUGCCGGCCGAAGCAGGUCUACCGCCCCCGAAGCCCGGCCCGAUGCGUACCCGCGAGGUCCCCCCUCCUCCGAGGCCCUCCCCCCACACCAUCACCCUGCAGACCCCGGCCUUCAGGAACCUCAGGCUCCCCAAGAGGCUGCGGGUGGUGUACUUCCUGGCCCGAACGCGCCUGGCUCAGCGCAUCAUCAUGGUCGGCACGGUGAUCUGGAUCGGCAUCCUCGUCUACACCGACCCGGCCGGAAUACGCACCUACCUGGCUGCACAGGUGUCUGAGCAAAGCCCUCUGGGAGAUCCCGGGGGAGGCGGCCUGCCCCCUCAUCUCGGCGUUGCGCCCGUGUUUCGUGGAGGCGAUCCGACCAGCACCCUCACUAUCCACCCACCACCAGAUCCAACUCCCCUACCCGAGAACCAGUCACAGGGACACCAUGGCGCCGCCAGGGUGGGGCCCCUCCCCCAGGCUCCGCCCCCAGCUGUGCCCCAGAUCACCUGGGGAGCAGAGGACGAGGAAGGGUGGAGGAGGCUCUCCUUCAGGCACUGGCCGUCGCUCUUCAGCUACUACAACAUCACUUUAGCCAAGAGGUACAUCAGCAUCCUGCCCGUCAUUCCCGUCACUGUUCACCUGAGCCCUCAAGAGGCCAUUGAGACGCGUCACCCUCAGGACACGAGGCACCCCCCUCCAUCCAUCCCCAAAGCCCCGGUAGAUCUACAGACUACAGACCUCACCCUCUAUAAGGUGGCCGCUCUGGGCCUGGCGGCGGGCGUCCUGCUGGUUCUGCUGCUCUUCUGUCUCUACCGGGUGCUCUGCCCGCGGAACUACGGCCAGAACGGCGUUGCUCAUGGGCGCCGGCGCCGAGGGGAGCUGCCCUGCGACGAUUACGGCUACUCGCCACCCAUCAGCGAGAUCUCACCGCUGCUGCUGAGGGGCCACAGUAUGGACAUCGAGUGUUUGGCCAGUGACGGGAUGCUGCUGGCUAGCUGUUGCCUGGCAGGACAGAUUCGGGUUUGGGACACUCAGACUGGGGACUGUUUGACCGUCAUCCCGAACGACGGGCUCAGGCGGAGCAGCAGCAGUGGCUGCUGGGAGCAGCGGGACGGCUGGGACAACGUGAGCGGAGCCACGGAUUCCGAGUAUUUCGGCCCUGAAGCUCACGCCGCCUCCAUCGGUUGUGACGGCCUAUCGGAGGAGGAGAGCUACCCGCUGAGACGCCGCAUUCCUCCAGCAUGGCCGCCUCUGUUCACCGACCAGCCCGAUCUCACCCAGCUCAUCGACACAAACUUUGCCUCCCAGCCCCCCUCCCACCUGUGCACCCCACCCAGGGACGGUUUUGACUUUGGGGGUCUGGUGGAGCGGGCCUACAUGGAGCACGAGCCCCCCUCGCCCUCCACCUACCCCUCUCCUUCCUCAGCCUCCUCCUCGCCGCCCUCGGGGGCUCAGCUCCAGAGAAGACCCAGCUUAGGGGACUCGGGCGCCUUUUUAUCCCAUGAAAGAGCCUCAACGGCGGGGUCGCAUGUGACAGCAGACUGGGAGAGCUCCGUCUGGGCCAUGGAGCUGAGAGGAAAUCUGAUAGCUGCUGGGAGGAGCAGCGGUAAACUGGAGUUGUGGGAUGCAGUAGAAGGGUCGUUACGCUGCAUUAAUGAAGACGGAGGGUCUGGGAUCACAGCUCUAGCCUUCCUCAACAACAGAAUCGUAGCGGCUCGGCUCAACGGGUCUCUAGAUUUCUUCACUGUUGAGAUGAACAAACCUCUGGGUCUUCUGCAGUACAGAGGAGCCCCCGGGCGAGGCAGCAUGCCUCCCUCUCCCUGUUACAGCAGCGAGGAUGUGAUCAGCUGUCAGCUCACACGCUCGGUUCAGUGCGCUCACCAGAAGCCGAUCACGGUGCUGCGAGCGGCUGCAGGGAGGGUCGUCACCGGUAGCCAGGACCACACUGUCCGGGUUUAUCGUCUGGAGGACUCGUGUUGCCUCUUCACUCUGCAGGGUCACUCUGGAGGGAUCACAGCCAUCUACAUAGACCAGACGAUGGUUCUUGCGAGUGGUGGGCAAGACGGCGCCAUCUGUCUGUGGGACGUCCUGACAGGGAGUCGUGUCAGCCAUGUUUACGGUCACCGUGGGGACGUCACGUCGCUCGUCUGCACCAACUCUUGUGUCAUCAGCUCGGGACUGGAUGACCUCAUCUGUAUCUGGGACCGCAGCACUGGGAUCAAGCUCUACUCCAUACAGCAGGAGGUGGGUUGCGGGGCCAGUCUGGGGGUGAUCUCAGAGUCUCUCCUGGUGACGGGGGGCCAGGGCUGCGUCUCCUUCUGGGACCUGAACUUCGGCGACCUGCUGCAGACGGUCUACCUCGGCCAGAGCAGUGACGGCCAGGGCGUCCGGCAGCUGCUCGUGCUCGACAACGCCGCCAUCAUCUGUGACUUUGGCAGCGAGCUCAGCCUGGUGUACGUGCCCUCUGUGCUGGAAAAACUAGACUGAGGAGAGA